AUGGCUACAUCGCCGCCAGAGCUACGCAGCAUAUUCGAUCCUACGACAUGUGUCCGAAAGGGGCUCUGCCCUGUCACGAAGAUACGGAGCAAGAAAGGCGAAGACCAGUCACCUUUCGAAAGCCAUUCGCUAUAUUUUGAGCAACAUGGUAACGGGGACACGAAGAUUCUGGCCAUCAUGGGGUUAAACAGCAGCUCGUUUGCGUGGACGCCGCAGGUGGACUACUUCAGCAAGCAGGCUGGGUACUCUGUCCUCGUCUUCGAUAACCGGGGAGUCGGAAACAGCGGAACACCUCGUGGACCAUAUACGACGAGUGACAUGGCUGAGGAUAUCAUUGUGUUGUUGGAGUACGUCGGGUGGACGGCUCCCAGAGAUCUCCAUGUAGUUGGCAUAUCUCUUGGAGGCAUGAUUGCACAAGGUAUCUAUCAAACAUGGUUGUUCGCGAACCAUACUGACCACCGCGGCCCAGAGCUCGCUUACCGAAUACCACAAAAUAUCCUCUCGCUGACCCUGGCCGUCACGACCCCUGGUGGGCACCCAUGGUCGAAUUUACCCUCAGACGCUGAUGAAAUGAAGUGGAAAGGACUGUCGUCGCUCGCACGAUUGACGUUCAUGACCGACCCGGAAGAGAAAAUCCCUAUUAUCCUCGAAAUGGUGUUCCCCGUGUCCUGGUUAGAUAGUCCUGCGGAAGAGGAUCCGGAAGGGCGCACUAACAGAGCCGUACAGACGGAGAUCUACCGGCACCGCAUAGCCAUAACGCGUCCGCAACAAUUCAUGGGCCACAUUUCGCAAAUGUUUGCGGCGCUCUCUCAUUAUGUGUCGCCGUCCAGGUUGGCCAAGAUAUCCAAGGAAAUCCCAAAGGUCGUCAUUGUAACUGGUGAUGUGGACUACCUGGUCGAUCCCCGCAACAGCGACAAAUUGAAGAGCGCCAUGCCUGAGGCGGAGUUCGUCAAGUGGGAGAACACGGGACAUGCAAUUCAUGCCCAGAAGCAGAAGGAGUUCAACGCGUUGCUGGAGAGGACGUUCAGAGAAGGCAAGCAGAACGCUGCAAAAAGGGCGGAAUAG